AUGUCAACAACAUCAGACUUCACACCUGUCGCGGCUGAACCUGUCUCCGAGAAAGAUGGCCUGAUCCACGGCGUCUCGGCGCAGGAGCUGCAGGUCCUGGGCGCGCAAUGCAUCGAGGCAAAGGCGAAGGCUUAUUGCCCAUACUCGCUCUUCCGCGUCGGCGCCUCCCUCCUCCUCGCCUCCUCAUCAGAAAUCAUAACGGGCGCGAAUGUCGAAAACGCCGCCUACCCCGUCGGCACGUGUGCCGAGCGUGUCGCGAUGGGCACCGCCAUCCACGCGGGACACAAACUAGGGUCCUUUAAGGCUGUAGGCGUGUCGACGGACAUUCAGGACUUCUGCAGCCCGUGUGGCAUGUGCAGACAGUUUCUGCGUGAGUUCCUCGGCCUCGAUGUACCGGUGUUCAUGUUCAACAAGGAGGGCAAGUAUAUUGUUCGAACGAUGGGAGAGCUGUUGCCGUUGAGCUUUGGACCGGAUGUUUUGCCGCCUAGGGAGACGCUGAAAGGGGUUGCUGGGGAGGGGAAGUAA